GUGCUGGGGAGUGGUGUGCGAUGGCAAGACAGGACUUAUUCUGAGUCAGUAGAAAGCUCUCAGAGUACUUUUCAAACAGGGAAGUAGCCACACAAUUCGAUUUACAUUUUUAAGAGACAUGUUGGCUGGCUAUGGAGGACUGGAUGUUGGUGUGGGGCUGGAUGAAGAGACCAAUCGAUUAAGAGGGUAUGGGGGAGGCUGGGGGAGAUGGUGCUCCAGUAUGGGGCGUGGACUGGUUUGGCUGCUUCUAGGUGAGCCACAGAGGAACAGUGGUGUCCCUUACUGCUGGUGAGAGACCAGGUGGGGAACAACUUGGGGAGGAAGUGAGUUCUGUUUUGGACAUUACUUCUGAGAGGUUCAUUAGACCUGCAGACAGAGGAGUCCUUUUUAAGGGAAUGUUCUAGCAGAAUCCCUGAGAGAGACAAGAUUGAGACUGAGACCUAAAAGAUGAAGGGAGGAAGAAGGUGGACAGGACAGAGUUGGAGCCAAAGACCAGGAGAGGGAGCCAGAGGGGCAGGAGGAAGAAUCCAGAGGGAGGAGGGAUAGGCUGGGAUGACUGUGGAGCUGAGGCAGCCCCUUUCUGAGCCUCUUGGCCAUGACUGAUGGAACCAGUUCUGAGGUGCGGAGAAGGAAUCAGGAUGUUCUCAUAUUUCCUUACCUGUAGUCACCCCAAGUGAUUCCUAGAUGAAAUUCCUCGGAUGUCACUGUUUGGGAGGUCCCCUGUAUGCUUGAAGAAGGCACAUACUGGAGAGGCCAGUGGAAGUUCUGAGCCCCAAGGGGGAGGGCUCAAAGAGACCAACUCCCCUGCUCCCAAGUGUCCUGCCCCCAGCCCUGUAAUUACCCCCAUGCCUGAUUGCUCCCAUUCCUUGGCUUCCAGUGGCUUCAAGGAAUGAAAAGCGGAAGUUCAUGUGAUUAUGGAGGUGUGCAUUGAUUGCUGCAGGGUGUGUAUGAGGACAAGGGUGGGGUGACCAAAGUCUAGGUCAUUGACAGAGCCAGGUUGGCCGCGUCCUGAGCUGGGGGACUAAAAUAAGGGACGCCAACCUCAGAGGUUACACAUCAGACAUGGCCUUCCAAACAGGUUAGGCUAGUUAAGUUCUGAUGGGAUUCCUUGUGUCACUGGGCUGGCCCCUCCCCAGAGACUGGCCUCCUCCUUUCCUUCCUCCCCUAUAAAGCUUCUUGGGGUUCCCAGGCACCCAGACUCAGGCCACACCUAACUUUGGGGGCCAGGAGACAUCCAUUAUGCUCAACUGGAAGCUACUGGGGAUCCUGGUCCUUUGCCUGUAUGACAGAGGUAUCUCAGGCAGUGGAGACCACCCCCUUCCCCCACCCACAGAUGCCAGAGAGGGGGAGGGCUCCCCAACAUUGCCUCAGGGUCCCCCAAUCCCUGGUGAACCCUGGCCUGGGGCACCUCCUCUCUUUGAGGACCCUCCACCUCCAGGCCCCAUUCGUCCCUGGAGAGACCUGCCUGAAUCUGGAGUCUGGCCUCCUGAGCCUCCUAGAACUGAUCCCCCUCAACCUCCCCGGCCUGACGAUCCCUGGCCAGCAGGACCCCAGCCUCCGGAAAACCCCUGGCCACCUGCCCCCGAGGUGGACCAUGGGCCUCAGGAGGAGCCUGACCUAGAUCCCCCCCAGGGAGAGCACAGAUAACCAUAUCUCCCAGAGGCAUCUGGGUCUCCAGGCAGAGUGCACCCAAGCCCAUCUCUACCUUCUGAUUACUCUUGAAUUCGUCCCGGUUUAGCCUAACUUCUUAAUUUCCUUCCUCAUUCCAGUCCUCUCCCCUCUACUUGCCUCCCACCUUCUCUUCCCUACCUUGCACUCCUGGGGCCCCAGCUGGCUGCCCUGUGGUCUCUGCUGCCUCCUGGUGGCGAACGGCUGGGAAUUAUCAGAAGACCGUGAUGGUUCUUCCAUGAAA